AUGAAUUCUGAAUCAAAGAACAGUUUCAUAGGGAGCUUUCUUCAGCCACCAGAUAAGAUGCUUCCUGCAGCUACAGAAUCAAAGAAGUUGGCAGCUGUUGAUGGUGACAGGCCUGCUAUCCCAAAUAACCAAGCUGUGGUGGCAGCCCUGAAAACUCUUGAAGAAAAAAUCCACUGUCUAGAGCUGGAGAAGUCACAGGCUGAAGAUAAUAUGUGCAGCCUCUCCAUAGCAGCUGCUCAGUAUAAGAAGGCCUUAGAGCAUGAAUCUUGCAAAAAGGACAGAGCACAUCAAGAACUAAUGCAACAGAGGAAAGAUGUAAGUGUGCAGUUAAACGCAGCACAGUCUCGCUGCUCCCUGCUGGAUAAACAGCUGGAUUACAUGAGGAAAAUGGUUUCCAGUGCGAAACUGGAAAAUAAAAUGGUUUUAGAACAACAGGCCAGGCUUCAGAAAGGGGAGGAUCAGAACUGGUUGGAACAGCAUGCAAAACUUGAAAAGCUAGAAAAAGAAUGUCUUAAACUCACUGCUACUCAGAGAAUUGCAGAAGACAAGAUCAAACACUUAGAAGAAAAGCUUAGGAAAGAAGAGCAUCAGCGUAAGCUAAUACAAGACAAAACUGCUCAGCUUCAAAGAGGAUUUGAGAUAAACAGAAUUUUGAUGUCUUCAGUAACAUCUCAAAAUGAACCUAAAAAGGAAAAUGCAAAGAAAAAAAAAACUAAGAAGAAAAAUACUACAAUGAAGAAAAUGCACCUUUCACAAUUCCAUGUAAAGGCUGGUGAACUGCCUUUUGUGGCUGGGAAGCAUCGCAAUCUACAAGUCUUAUCACGAAGACAAGGAGGAGCUACCUCUGGGAUUUCAGGACGCAGUACAUUUUCCAAACCUGUAUCCUCUUGUUCCACAUUGCCUACUGCCCCUGGAAGUCUUUCAGACCUUCUGUUGGCCAUACAAGAUGAGCUGGGCCAAAUGAGCUUUGGGCAUCAAGAACUUACGAAGCAGCUACAGGAGACUCAAGACUCCAAAGUUCGUGAAGACCUAGAACAGGAGCUGGAUUGCCUUGUAAGACAGAUGGACAUUAAAGGAGAGCAAAUAGCCAAGCUGAAGAAGCAUCAGGCUGCUGUGCAGAAAUUAAAGAGAAAAACUCAGAAAUCGAAGCAACAGGCAGCUCAUGUCAAACUAAAGUGGAGUGGCCAAAAGGAAGAAAAGGAGAUUGCAGUCACUGUAAGGGAAAGUAUAUCUAAAUCUUGUCCUGGACAGAAAAGCAAAAGCUCUCUUCAGCUGCUAAAAAAUGUGCAGAAACUUCAGUCAACACUGAGAAAAGGUGAUAUCAUGUGGGAACAAUAG